AUGGAAGACUCGCCUGCUCAGAGCAGUGCUGCAUCCAUCAGUGGCAGGUCAACUCGCAGUGUUCCGAGCACUUUCCUGGAAGAAGUCCGACAUGAGAUCAUGGUCAACCAUUUGUACCAGCAGCAAUGCUCGCACUUAUGGGUGAGCGAUGGCUCCGGAGAAUGUGAAGGAGUUCUGGUGCGCAAAAGCAAAGGCAACUACCUGGCAUGCCCGCAACAACUGGCCCACUCGCAGUUCGCCCAAGUCUGCGCACAACUCAACCUACAGGUGGCCAUGACGGUGAACUCGAGAGUUAUCAAAACAUUCCUCGCUUGGGCCCCUGAUGCAACGGACGUGCCGCUGAUGAAGGGCAUGCGAGUCCAAAUACUGCCCACUAUGGCUGAUCUUCCCCGGGCUCGCAAGCACCAGUUUGCAGCUUUCAUUGCCGCAGAUUCGCUUUUAGUGGUGUGGGACGACGACCCAUCCAAUGUAGUCAAGAGAGCGACCACUAUCGAGUCCCAGUUAAUGGAGCUUGUCUGGCAUACGGGUGAAGCCCGAGACGACGACGAAGUCCAAAACGAAAAAGAUGGCGGUAUCCAAGUGACAGUUGACCCGGAAUCAGGAGAGACUAUGUCCGAGCACAGGUCCACGAAUCUGAUGAACACCAUCCUUGUUGCCUUCACGCUGAUUAUUGUCGUUGUGUUGCUGGGGUUGGCCUUUCGGUCUUUGGCCACCGAAAUUGCCGUCGACGGCGGUUACAUUCGGCUUGCUUUUCUUCUCUUGGUGCCUGUCCAGAUCUUCUUCACGCUGUUCUUUGCCCAAGUGGUCGUCGGUUGUAUUGCACAAUGCAUUGGUCCCGUGCGGCAAAUGCAGAUGAACUCCAAAUACUAUUCGGCCAAAUGUUCGCCACGGUUGCGUACACCAGAGCUACCACAUGUGACGGUUCAAUGUCCCGUGUACAAGGAAGGUCUUGCGUCAGUGAUCAUGCCAACAGUCAAGUCAAUCAAGCAAGCCAUCUCGACGUACGAGCUACAAGGGGGAACAGCCAACAUGCUCAUCAACGACGACGGACUACAGGCCAUUGACGAAGAGGAACGCAAAGCUCGAAUCGAGUUCUACCAGGACCACAACAUUGGAUGGACCGCGAGACCCCCACACAACAGCGAGGGCUUCAUUCGACGUGGAAAGUUCAAAAAGGCGUCGAACAUGAACUAUGGCCUAAUGCUGUCGUGCAAAGUGGAAGAGAAACUACAACACAUCCACCGCGGACCAAACUGGACCCAAAACGACGAGUCGCAAGCCUACGAAGCAUGCCUUGAGCAGGUUCUCGCCGAGACACCUCGUGCCUGGGCGGACGGCAAUAUCCGCGUGGGCGACUACAUUCUCCUCAUUGACAGUGACACUCGGGUACCCGCCGACUGUCUGCUCGAUGCGGUCAGCGAAAUGGAACAAUCGCCCAACGUGGGGAUCAUGCAAUUCGCUUCAGGCGUCAUGCAAGUAGUCCACACAUUCUUCGAGAACGGAAUCACAUUCUUCACCAACCUGAUCUACACUGCGAUCGAAUACACCGUGGCCAACGGCGACGUGGCACCCUUCGUGGGGCACAACGCAAUCCUGCGAUGGAGCGCAAUCCAACAAGUCUCAUAUGUCGACGAAGACGGGUACGAGAAAUUCUGGUCCGAAUCCCACGUCAGCGAGGACUUUGACAUGUCUCUCCGCCUCCAGUGCGACGGGUACAUUAUUCGCCUGGCCUCCUGGGCACACGGCGGGUUCAAAGAAGGCGUCAGCCUUACGGUGUAUGACGAACUUGCCCGUUGGGAAAAGUACGCCUACGGAUGCAACGAGUUACUCUUCAACCCGAUGCGCAAAUGGAUCUACAAGGGUCCAUUCACACCCCUUUUCCGACGGUUUUUGUUCUCCAAUAUCCGAUUCACAUCCAAGAUCACUAUUAUUUCUUAUAUCGGGACGUACUAUGCGAUCGGGGCCGCGUGGAUCAUGACGCUGGCCAAUUACUUCGCCAUCGGCUGGUUCAAUGGCUACUUGGACAAAUACUACAUUGACAGCUGGAAGGUGUGGUUCAGCAUCGUGAUUGUGUUCAAUGGUCUGGGCAAUGUGUCGCUUGCAGUCAUGCGCUACCGCAUCGGACAGAAAUCGUUCUUGCCCGCACUGCUGGAGAACUUCAAGUGGAUUGUCAUGUUGUCCAUUUUCCUGGGUGGAUUGUCUCUGCAUGUCUCCCAGGCCCUGUUGGCGCAUAUGUUUGAAAUCGAUAUGACGUGGGGCGCGACGAGUAAGGAAGCCGAGUUUUCGAACUUUUUCAUUGAAGUGCCCAAGGUCAUUAGGAAGUUCAAGUUCAGCAUUGCGUUUGCUCUGAUUGGCAUUGUUGCUAUGAUUGUCCUUGCGACGAAUCCGGGCGGGUUUAUUCCUUAUGAUUGGCUGAUUAAGGAUUUCAUUGCCAUAUUGCCCAUGAGUACGGUUACGGCAAGUCAUUUGUUGUUGCCGAUUGUGUUGAAUCCGGCGUUGAUGACUUUUUCGUGGUGA